UUUUCGGUUCGUCUUCGUUCAGGAGAUGACGAUCUUCUUUGAAGGACAAUAAAGUUCGGGCUCGUCUUUCUCGUUCUGACAAAACAAAAAGUUUACUUUCGUGCAACUGAUCAGCUGCUAUUUCAGCAGCACAGUUUAGACAUUUUCCGCUGCUGCUGAGCGAUCUAAUAUCUAUUUCGCCACACGACAGCAGCCGUAAUUUCUGUUGCAGCGUUCGACCCUUUUCCUUUUGUCCAGUUCCCACCACAUGACUAAUUUGCCCAUGAAAUAAAAAAAAUUCUACGUACCCUCAUCUUCCACCAUAGGAGUUCUGCCCCAGAAGAAGCGCCCCCUUAAGGGGCAGAGCUAGUAAGAACGUUUUUUUUUUGUUUACAUACUGGUUCUUCUUGCUGCUCACGCACUUGCGCUACUUUGCAACACAAUUUUUCCCCAUCUAAGUACCAACCAUACUUGAUAUAAAAACGCCUAUCCAGCACGACCAUGUCGUCCUCUUCCACCCCUUCGGCGGACAAGUCGUCCCUGAAGGAACUGUGCCGGAAACGCAUUCUCGACGGGAUGCUGCGACUAUCAAAUGUAAAAAUGUCUGGGCCUGGAAGAAUGCAACUUGUGAUGCUGCAUUUGGAUUCCAAAAAAAUUUGCAUUGCAUGAGUCCCUAACGAAAGGCAAUUCUUGCUACGCUGAGAAGGCAUUUGUCAUGCGGAAAACGCAUCAAGAAGCCCUCAAAAAAUCUGUAUUGCUAGGGGAUGCAUCACAGACAUCAUGGCUCACGCAAAACGUGCAUGACAGGUCUCAGAAUCUUCCAGACCCAGACAUUUUUACAGUUGGUAGCGACAGGUGAACGGCAACAACCCGCUACUCUUCGUCGUCCUCGUGUGCGACGCGCAGACACUCCACCUGGUGUCCGCCUGUCUCAACUCGGCGGACCUGGUCGCGAACCGGGUCGCAGUCGUGGACAAGUUGGACAAAAACCGCGAGCCGCUGAUGAACAUGGACGCGAUAUAUUUUCUCUCUCCCACCGCGAAAAACUUCACGAACUUGAUGGUGGACUUCCCGGAUCUGACCAAGUAUAAACCAAAAUACCGGAAACAGCACGUGUUUCUCAAUUCUACCUGCCCGGAUGACGUUAUGGGGCUCCUGACGGCGAGAAAGGACGUCGUGAAGCGGUUGUCCACGUUUGUGGAAUUAAACCUAGAUUUCGUCGCGCGGGACGACCGAAUUUUUCACUUCUCGGUGCACACGCCAACCUUGCUGAAGUACUUCCCCACCAGGGAUGACGAGGUCAUGCGCCAGGAUGUCCGGAAAUUGGUACUGAUUUUUAAGUUUCAGUUUGAUUGAGAUAAUGUGUUUUUAUAUGGGACCACGAAGAUUGAUAGCUAGAUGUCUCAGAGCUACGUACAUCAGUUUGAUCUAUCAUGAUGGUGCCAUUUUUCCUUGACACAGUCCCACGGAGAAGUAAGUGCUCACUACCAGUAAUCCUAGUAGAUAUAAUACCAAAACCACCAAUUUCAAUGUGUCACAGCUUUCCCUCUUUGCCUCUUUGCAAGACAAGCCGAAGAUCCGGUUUUUGAAGAAUUCCAUCGACUCGUGGUAUGGGAGUGUCAGGAUUGAAAUCGACAAAGUUGAAAUGAUUUGUAAUGCAUAAAAUCGAUACUAGUUAGAAGCCCAAUUUUCAAGCGAUGCAUGACAAGUUUCGGCGCCGUCCAAAUCCAGUCUGUCAUGCUGUUUCGGGACAGAAGACGUCCUUUGUCAUGCUACUUUAGCAGCUCUCUGUCUCUGUCUCUCGCAGUCCCCAAACAGGCGGACAGCCGGCCUCACUUGCCAUCCCUGCAAGAGAGGCAUUUGCAUGCCUUGCAAUUCCUGCAUGAGAAAGUAUUUCAACUUUGACGAUUUCAAGCCUGGCGCUUCCAUACCUGGUGCGGCAUGUUUGCCAUGCAGCUCGACAAGGAGUUGGAGGAGUACUGGGCCUAUCAAAUGCAAAUAUGUCUGGGUCUGGAAGAUUGCCGGGUUUGUCACGCAUAUUCUGCAUGACCCAUGACGCCUGUAAUGCAUGACCUAGCAUCACAGAUUUUUACAGGGCUUCCUGAUGCCCAAACCGCAUGAAAAAUGCCCUUUCCGCGUAGCAAAAACUGAGCCUCUAUCGCUGUUCAUGCAAUGCAGGUUUUAUGCACAAUCGAACGUCAGCAUCACAAGUUGGAUCCUUCCAGACCCAGACAUAUUUGCAAUUGAUAGGACCAACGCGUCCAAACCGCCAAACAGCAUGAUUAUGCAACGAAAAAAGUGUUUACAGUUAUACAUUGUGUUGCAGGACCGACAAGACAGACAACCUUUGUCAUGCAGGAAAUGCUUUGGAGCCUCGUUUCCUUCGUGUUUUCCUUUACGAUCUUUGCAUUGCAAGUUUUCUCUGUCACAAAAAUGCAGGGCAACUUUGUGAUGCUGAAAUUACAACAACUGUGUAACUGUAACAUUUUUUGUUUCCUGUGAUAAUGACCUGCACGUGUUUGAUCGUCGACCGGGGGUUAGACGCGGUGACCCCCUUUCUCCACGACUUCGGCUACGAGGCACUGUGCAUGGACUUGCUCGCGGGGUACGACGAUGACAGCAAGGAGAUUAACCUUCGAAACGACACAUUCACCUAUGAUACGGUGACCGCGGAGGGGGAAAAGCUGCACAAGUCGAUCGUGUUGAACGACGACUUGUGGAAGGGGCUCCGGCACAAAUCCAUGCUGCAAGCGAAAGACAUCGUCAUGCUGCAAAUGAUGGAGCUGAAGGAAAACAACGAAAUCGCAAAGUUCAUGCAGAACGAGGAAGACGGUAUUGAAACUCAAAGUGAAAUUCGGAUUUCCCUGUUUAAACUUGUCUCUUUCUAUAUUGAUUGACUUCUCAUGCAGAAACUGGCACUGGCAACAAUGAUGUUGUUUGCCAUGCAAUGGGCAUGGCAAAAAAAAAUCUCUAAUACAAUCAACCAUCAGGUAUCGAAACCGAAGCGACCGCACGCAUCCUCCGUCAGCUCCCCGCGUACCAGGAGAAAGUGGGGAAAUACGGCUCGCAACUCACGCUGAUCACACGAACGAUGAAGAUCAUUCAGGAUUUGAACCUCAACAAGGUCGGCGGUUUGGAACAAGAUAUUGCUUGCGCCAUUCAAUCCUCGGGCGAGCCAGUGAACGUGCAAAAGUUGAUGACGGGGUUGGCACAGACACUAAUGGACCCGUCUCUGCCGCAAACGCUGAAGCUCCGGGUGCUGUUGGUUUAUGUUCUGAAUAUGAAGGGCGUUUCUCCGGCGCACCGGGAAAAAAUGCUCAACACCGGCGGGUUUGACUCGGAACACAGAAGGGCGUUCCAGAAAAUUCUUGGACUGGGGUUGGUUGACGGUAUAGAUGAAUUCUGACUUGUUGUUCCGAUUGUUCGCGUCAACCAUGAUUUUUUUUCGUUCAAACAGAAGUAGUAGCAGUAGGGAUGAGGUGCAGUCAAUUUCUUUGCGAAGAGGAGGUCAUCUAGGUCUUUCGUUUCCCGCUACUUACCUGGAGCGAAACAAGUAGUGAAAAUUUCAUUUAUCGCCCGAAGAUACCCCCCCAAAAAAAACCAGAUCUCGAGGAUCCGAAGAAGACCGCAAUCCACCAGACGCGAACGCCGACGGAGGAGCAGCUUUGCUAUCCAAUGCAAAUAUGUCUGGGUCUGGAUGAGUGUGAUGCUGUUUCUGCAUGACACAGAAGGUCUGGCAUGCAAGUCCUCGCAGCACAGGUUUUGAGCAUGGUAGGCGAUGCCUAAUAAUCCGCGUGACAAGUUCCCUCUUUGGGUGACAAGAAAUGAGCAACUUUUGCGGUCCAGGCAUGACAGAUUUUUUUCUCGUCUCAAAUGCGCAUCAUGAGUUUAUAUGUUUCCAGAGAGCCCAGACAUAUUUGCAAUGCAUAUUUGCUACUCCGAGAUGAUUCAGACGGACCGGAAAAACAAGAUGAAUCCGAUAAAAACCUUCAAGCACGAGCUGUUUCGGUUCCAGCCCCGGAUCCGCAUGCUCGCACAGCGGUUGUGCACGAACACACUGGAUCAGGAUCUGUUUCCGUACGUAAAGGGCGACCCGCUGUCGAAUCACCCCAAUAUCCAAUACGGCCGAAAACCGGGGAAGAGGCCACGGAUGGUGAUCUACUUCAUCGGUGGGAUGACCUACAGCGAGACCAGAACGGCAUACGACUUGUCGGCGAAAUACAACGUGGAUAUUUUCAUGGGCUCAGAAGGAUUGCUGAACCCAGAAAACAUCAUCGAGAACUCGUUUGUCGAAACGUAUGGGUGAAGGUCAUGUCGACGAAGAAGUAGAAAAAUGAGUCUCGUCGGAAAUAACCCGGUGCUCUAUUUACUCUUACUCUAUUUGGACAAAAAUCAAAACUCUACUACUAGACCCUGUAGUACUUCUGUAAUCUGUAUUUUUACACGCCAAUACAGCUGCAGGGUAUACUAGUCGAGUAGAAGCAACUUCUGUCAAACUCUUAAACUUAAACUCUACUGCAAAAAUCAGCAACGCCGUACUGGUUGUAUCAAGCCCUCGACACAACCAGACGAGCGCUAUGUAUCAACAAAGACACGUCCUCUUGUAGGAUCUGUCGAAGAGCUGGCUCUUGAAUGUACUUUUUUUGAAUCUUAAUAUCCCCACUUUUCACAACGCUUUUGUUUUCUGCCAAGCACGUCUUCUCUUCGGACCGUAUGUACUGCCACAAAAUUUGAGAACGCCACUCCCUCGGGGCCGGCUGCACGGAAGGGGGGAGGGUUUUUUGCUCUUUCGUGAGCACAGCGCUUAGAAGCAGGAGGUGGUUAAGCGUCGUGCUACCCAGCCGUGCAAGUCGUGAGCCAAUAAUUUUUCCAAUCGGAAGAUUUUUUUGUGGAAUGAUAUGAAAUUAGAUUCCGAACAAGUUCGAAUGUACCUACAUCUCGUUCGAAGCUGCAAAGAAACGUGUAUUUUGACGAAAAAGAAUCCCGGAAAAAUGAAUGUCAUCAAAUACAAACUCAGCCAU